GAGCUGGUGAAGCUGACCCCGGAACCAACCGAGAGGGAGAGGCUGCGGGUGGCCCUGGACCCACAGUCCCUGGCGCAGUUCGGGCGCCCCAAAAUCGACGGAGAGCUGAAGGUCUCCAGCACCGAGAGGCGCUCCAAGGUGGACAGGUAUGGCUUCCUCCUGGACAAGGCCCUGAUCAUCUGCAAGCGCCGUGGGGACUCCUACGAGACCAAAGAUGUCGUGGACCUGCAGAGCCACCAACUGCGAGACGGUGGCCUUGGCCCCCGCGAUGGCAAGAAGUGGACCCACACCUUUCUGCUCAUCGACACGGCCGGCCUUCAGGGCUAUGAGCUCUUCUUCAAGACCCGUGAGCUGAAGAAGAAGUGGUUGGAGCAGUUCGAGAUGGCCCUCUCCAACAUCUUCCCCGAGCACGCCCUGGCCGACGGCCAUGAAUUCCAGAUGUUCUCCUUUGAGGACACCACGUCCUGCAAGGCCUGCCAGAUGUUGCUGAGGGGCACGUUCUACCAGGGGUAUCGCUGCAGCCGGUGCCGGGCCCCUGCGCACAAGGAAUGUCUGGGGCGACUGGGGACCUGCGGCAAGGGCGGCGCUGGUGAGAGGCAUCAUGGGAUAGGUGGAGAGUGGGGCGUUGUUGGAUACAAGAUGGCCGACAAGGACAGGGGUGUUGUGGGACACAAGAUGGCCAACAUGGGCAAGGGCAUUGUGGGAUACAAGAUGGUUGGCAUGGAGCAGGGCAUUGUGGGACACAAGAUGGCCAACAUGGGCAAGGGCAUUGUGGGAUACAAGAUGGUUGACGUGGACAAAGCAUUAUUCCGGCUCUGGCACGAGGAAGGUAACAGCGAAAGUGGUCAAAAUGGGCUGAAAGACCCCAAAUUUGGGAGCGGGGAGGUCCCGAACAAAUCGCAGAGGCCCGGCCCUGAGAAGAAGCGGGGAGACCUGGGGUUGCCCAAGAUGGAGGCCCAUCAGCCCUACAACGGGGUCCCACCGCCGCCGGGGGCCGUGGGUCCUGCCCUCCGCCUCGGCCCCGGGGACGUCGUGGAGGUGACAGUGGCGGAGGCUGAGCAGCUCUGGUGGUACCGCGGGGAGGUGAAGCACAUCAAGGUGAUGACGGCGGAUGGGCUCUACCGCGUCACCGAGAAGAAGGUGUUCAAGGGGCUGGUGGAGUUGGUGGAGUUCUACCAGCGCAGCUCGCUGAAGGAUUGCUUCAAAGCCCUUGACACGGCGCUUGUGGUGCCCUUCAAGGAACCCGAGAGCCGGGCUGGACCCCGGCCACCAGGAGCCGUGCGCAGCUUUGGUUCGGCCAAAGCCCGUUACGACUUCUGCGCCCGGGACCGGACGGAGUUAACCUUGCGGGAGGGUGACGUCAUCCGUGUCCUCAGCAAGAAGGGCCACCCAGGCUGGUGGAAAGGAGAGAUCUACGGGCGGGUUGGAUGGUUCCCCGCAAACUACGUGGAGGAGGAUUACUCAGAGUAUUGCUGA